CUUUCGUCAAUUCCUCUUUUUGUUUCCCGACUCCCCAGCUGCUCGGACCCUACCCCUCCCCUCUUUCUCGAACUCUUCUCAACCAACUCCAAUUCUCUACUCUCCUCACUGCAGUUGUGAGUGUGUUUUUGGGUGAGUGAUGUGUUGUUCGGUGGGUUUCGCCCGGUCUUUGGGCCUGGUCCUGCUGCCUUUGGCUCUCUGCUGUAUCAUGGCCAAUCUGCUGCUUCUGUUUCCCAUGGGAGAAAUCACCUACAUCCAGCAGGACCGCCUGGCCAGCUACAUCUGGUAUUUUGGUGGACUAGGAGGAGGGGGAGCACUGAUGCUGUUUCCAGCUGUGGUAUUCAUCACUCUGGGGAAAUGUAACUGCUGCUGGAAUGAGAGCUUAAUGAUGUGCGGUUCAGUGUUGGCAGCUGUUGUCGGCCUGGUGGGGUCUGGCUACUGUUUCGUCAUGUCAGGGUUCGCCUUGUUGCAGGGUCCACAGUGCUUCACCUUAUACGGAUGGUCGUACCCUUUUGCUGACCAGGGCGGCAGGUAUCUCUUACAGCCGGAGACGUGGUCACGGUGUGUUCAGCCGGUUCACAUCGUAGAGUGGAACGUGACUCUGCUGUUCGUGUUGCUGGGCCUGGCUGUGUUGGAGUUCAUCAUCUGUCUCUGUCAGCUGGGAAACGGACUAGUCAACGCCGUCUGCCGACCAUGUUGCUACAAGCAGGAGUAUAGUCUUAAUGCUUGAAUCAACAGACAAACACAGAUACACCUGUAAGUAGGCUCUCCUGCUGAGACAUAUGUGCACACAUAAACAAAUCACAUGUUUGACUUGUAUGCACACAUACAGGACAUUAAUGGACACAAGGAGACGUGGCAGUCUCUAGGGACUGCCUCAUUGCCAAGCAUAAGUGUAUGUUUCUGACUACAACUAGGCCUUACCUACAUACACAAGCAGUAUUAUGAACACUGGACACCAUCAUUCUAAUCACUAUAUUAUAACCUUUAAUUUGCUCUGAUUAUUGGCAAAACUCACUAUGCAGUCAUUGAUAAAGAUGGUCCUCUGGUGCAGCCAAAAUACAAGUUUUAAGACAGGUUGUAAUAAUGUUCUCCAUAGAACAAGAAAAGAGGAUACAAUUAAGUUUGUUGAAGGAAGACUUAGCAGAACAACAUGUAUACAUAAUAAAGAUAAAGUAAAGCAGCGUUGAUAAUAAUAAUAAUAAUAAUAAUAAUAAUAUUAGGUAUACAGAAUAAAAGAUUUCACUGAAGUUAGGAGUGUCUGUGAAUCUUUCAUUUGUUAAAGACAUAGAACAGUCUUUACGCUUAAGUUACAAGUGUUUCAUCAACUUAAUUCAAGAAAUGUAUAUUCAGUGUCAACGUUGAUUUUUUCUUUAUUAUUAUUAUUUAAUGUAUAUUAUCUUUUAUACAUUUAUAAAACCCAACAACUACACUACCGUUGUCUUUGCAUAAGCAGGUGAUACUACAAUUUAAGUGAGGGUCAUCACUUUAUAUUCUUAAGAUGGGCACAAUAUUUGUUUCAUGAUGUUGGACAUGACACGACAUGAGCUCUUGUGUCAUUGUUGAGUUGUUGUUGCAAGAAGAGAUGGACAUUAUUUAGUUGUUUAUCAGCAUCUUGGCUGGUUAAUUCGAUGCUUCAGUAAGUGUCCUUUCUGUUCUGUUUUGAUUCUUGUUCUUCCAACAAUACACAAUGUGUUGGAUAAUUUAGAGCUAAUGAGCAGAUGUUUAUUUGUGUGUUUGUACAUUUGUUUUUAUUUUCAGAGCAUUUUGUUGUAAAUUGUCUUUCAGAUGCUAGAUCAGUGUUAACAAACAUUUUAUAUAUAUUUUAGGGACAUAUUUUUAUAAUGUAUGUUUGUUUGUAUGUGCUACCUUGAAUAAAAAAAAAAAACGUUUUCCAUUUGAAA